AUGUCCAUUAGCGUCAGCGAAUCAGAGCGCACUUCAGAGAAGCAAGGCUUUCAAUUGGUCACCGAAUGCUGGGUGGAGCCACAGGUGGGUGUGGUCUGCGGGGAAAACCAGAAGAUCAAAGAUUUCAUAGGGAUGCGCUACUACGAAAUACCGCACGUCAUAUACACGGUGAAUAGAAAGUGUAUAUCGGCGUUUGUUACAUUGGAAAACUUAGUUUACCUCUGUGAGAAUGUGCACGUUCCUCUGCCUAAUUUUAAUAACCUGUCCGACGUCCUACCACCACCACCUUCGUCGUCGUCAUCUCACCCGCCAUCUCCAGUUUUGCAUAAUGCCCAUCUGGAUCAUUUGAUUGAGUUCGUCCCAUUCCCGUUUGACCUGCUAUCCCUGACCACCAGAUGCCAGCAAGUUGAGUUGGUGUACUCCGUCUUCAGCGAAGGUGGCAGAAGCACAUGGACAAACGAAACUGAAGACGACCAGCCCAGUAGUAGCAGCAGCAACAACAACCCCACCAAACUCAGUCCAAACAGCUUACUGCUACUUCUCCUCAACGAACAACUGAAAUCACUUCACGAUCGAGAAUUAAACCUUACACCAGAAGAGUGCUUACAAUUCAUCACAUCCCUAAAAGCCCGAGAGAGAGAUCAGACCAUCAAGCCGAUCCCCAUUGGCUUUACUCUGCCUAAUUGCACUAAUUCUGCCAGUCACGUGGACGCGGAUGAUCACGUGCAGCCCUCGACGACCACCACACUUCAGAGUGAAUUUUCUUCGCAGCAGACGUUAAACGGGGCCAAGGUCAGUGAGUGUGAAUCCUGCUGUCCCGGGGUCAAGGUCGAUGCCCCUCUGUGGAAGUGCUACUUGAAGCUGCUGAAAACUGAAAAUCAAAACUCUUUCCAGCAGCAACAACAGCCGCCAUUCAAUCGUCGCUGCCACCAGCCACACGAACACCACCAAAAGUUCUCCUCGCAUCACCACCACCAACAACAACAACAUCAACAAACGACAACAUCAACAAUAGCAACAAGCAGCCAACAACAAGCUCAACAAAACCUCAUCAUCACGUUAGUACCAGCAAGUUACAAGGACCUACUCAAAUUACUUGAUCCUAGUGCUGAAAUAACCACCACUAACAAUAAAUCCAAUGUUGUUAUUGCUUCUGGGGAUGAUAAAACUAAUAGGCAAAACGUCGAAACUUGCAACGUUACCGUAAUUAAUACGGACGGCGUGGGGAUUUCCAGUGUACCUAAAAAUAGCGACGAACUUAUAAAAGACGAACCGGUUGCAGAAAGUGUGAAAUUGAACGGAGAAGAUGAUGCCAAUAUGAAAAGUCCUCAUUCAUUCAUACCUGAACACCCCUCGUACAAUUAUUGGUACGGUCCUGUGCUACCUAUUUAUGUGUACAACUGCUCUACUACUACGUUCUCGGAUUUGCUGCUAAAUCUUCGAACCACGCAGAAGAUUCCAGAUCUUUACGAAGAUUUGACUUUUGAGGACGAUAUGAGUUGCAGCCACUCAAAAUCCUCAGAACUCAGCCAAUCACCGAAGAGGGUAGCCUGUCUGGUGGAGAGCAACAGGAAGGAGAGCGAAUGUGAGAGUUCAGGCAGUAGAGAGAGAUGGAAGAAGGCGAGCGAGGAUCUGUACAAGAAUCAAGAUGAACUGCGUAAACACUGUUCUUCAAUUUCUGAAACCUAUCUACGAUGUUUCGUCAUCUCCUUAUACGAAUGCCUACGCAACGGUAGUCAGGUCAACAACAAAGACAUCCAUUCUGCCAUCGACAGCGUCUGUGAGGAGUCCUGGCCAAUAGAAAUCGACAUCACGGAAUUCCUGAGACACUCCUGCCAGCGAAUGAAGCAGCUUCUCGAAAGUUCUACGCCCUGUCGUAAUAGCAGCGGCGGCACCGGCGACAAGUUUUUCCAGACGAGUGUUGCUGCUGAUAAUGAUGCUGGCGGUGGUGAUGAUGAUGAUGAUUGCAGGGGUGAUGGUGUUGGUGUUGAGGUUGAUUACACCAUUGAUGACCUUAUUGUGAGUGCAAAUAUCUGCACUGCCUCUAGCAGCACUCAGCAACAGCAGCAAGCAACGGUUGGCGUGUUGCUGGAUAGUCACGUGUGCGAAGCAGCUGAGAGCCUGUAUGCUUCGGUGAAGGAACGCUUCAAUAGAAUCAUCUCCCAGCAUUUCAAGCCCGUCCAAUCACAGCCGCGCUGUCUCUUCUGCUGCCAAUCGCCUCAACUUAGGACCAUAUUGGAAAGUUUUAGUAGCGAGCCAGAUCAAGAAGCGAUAGAGCAUGCAAUCAACAAAAUCAAUUCCUACUACGGUACCGAACAGCCAAAACAACUACAAAGGACGCACGCACCCAAAUCAAGUGCAGGUGCACCUGGUAAGGACAGUAGCACCGCUUUAUCAGAUUGGGAGGCUGAAGUACGACCGUUGAGUGAGGAACAAUAUUUCUCUGCCUCAUCAACACAUCCCUAUUUCUACCCCAAAAAUAACUCUGGGUCCGAUUUUGUCUUCGAUUCAGCAUCAACUGACUCGAACGAGAACGCUAAAACUGAGCAGACGAUGGCAGCGAAGAUUUUGUCCCAGGCUCGCAACUCCUGUCCUUUGUUUUUGAACCUCUCUUGUUCUGUCCGCAUGGGUGGCGGCGUUCAAAGCGACCAAGUCGAGUCGCCACCUGUUUGCAUAGCAACCAUCAAAGACCUCCUGCUGAAAUUUCAGGACAGACCACUCGGUGAUCUGAAAUCAAAUUUCAAAGUGACCCUUGACCUCCACUGUUUGUCCUUGACCUCGUUCGAUGAAGGUCAAACUCUAAAGAGGCCCAGAUAUUAUCACCUAAGCUCAAUUGACAUGCACAAGUUCAAUAAAGAUUUCACAGAUGAUGAAGAUGAAGACGACGACGAUGGUGGUGGUGGUGGUGGUGGCGGGCUUAAAAAAGGCAAAAACGCCACCAAUUCUACUACCGAUGAUGAUGACGACGAUGGUGAAGUUCGAGAAUCGUGUCAUUGGACACCUGCCAAUAUAUCAGAAGUGAUUAAAUGGCUACUUAGGGAUGAAAUCGUAUCGUUCAGUCGGGCAAUUUUCCCGGUUUCUGAGAAGACGCUACUCAGCGUUCAACAACAUUACCAGUACAACACCUGUCUGUAUAGUCCGGUGCUACUUAAAUUCGUAUUCGGGCCGGAGAAGAGUUUAGGCCUAUUUUUUAGUUUAUUUGAGAAGAUGAGAGUCAGCAAGUACCAGUUAGUGAAGAUGGGAGACUAUUUCUAUCUCUGCAAGCCAUGCUCUGAGAAUGUUCUGAAGAGAACUGAUCUACUGCAGUCGAGGUUGGAGAUAUUGCAUCAGUACAAUCAGCAGCAGCAACAACGUGAGCAACGUUCGUCGUCGUUAACUAAACAAGAUUCAUCUGAACAACAUCAGCUACCACAACAGCUGCAAGACAUUAGCGUUGCAAAUCAACAACAGCUGCAAUGUCUAGAGGCUCAACAAAUCACUAGCGACAACAACAACAACAACGUUAAUACAGCAACAGGCCGUUCAACAAGCGCCAACAAAUCGCGAAAGAUCUCCAUACAAUCUCAACAUCAGCUACAAUCAUCUGUCAAUCAUCCGUCCAUUUCCACGCCCCCUAACCUCAGGUCACAAAAUUUCAUCGCCGUCUCCAGUAGUGGUGACAGAUACGUCAAAACGGUCGAAGGCUUCUACCCGGAGAAUUGUGAAUCGAAACGGGUUCGACCAAUCAGUGGGCCAGCAGGUUUGGACGCUGGACUGACCACUACGAUGAUUGGUAGCCUUCUAACCAAUCAGGAACUGCCAGAAGAUCACGUGGACGAAGAGGUCAAUAGCGGUGGCGUGAAUUUUGGCGACGGUAUUUCCGGUGCCAACAUGGCGUCUGUCGCUAAUCGUUUCAUAAAGCGAGCGCAGAGUUCAACUAAUUUUGAAAAGUCGUCAUCAUCGCCGACUGGAUCUGUGACGUCAUCGUCGAGGUUCAACUACUUUUCGCAGCAAGUUGGAGGCAACACGGCGCCACAACAACAACAACAACAGGACAACAACAACAGCAGCAGCAACAACAAAUCAUUAAGAUCGAGACAUGCGUCAGGUCGGGACACACCAGUGUCAGCCAUGGAUACCAGUAGCAUCACAACCGGUGGUUACGACGCGGACGCGGAUUCGAGUGAGUUAGACGAGGACGCGGCCAUGAUGAUGACGUCAGAUAGUCAUCAUCUUUCCACGGUCAGGAAGAAACUGAUGGUUCCAGAGUUCUGGCAGAUUCUAAGGGUCGCCAGCGAUAAAGUCGACGUUUACUUCCAUUACAGGGACCUGAUGAGGGCGGAUGUCAGUAGGCGGUACUUGGACGUCAACUGCCAGGUAGUCGAGAACAUCAAGAAGAUAUGCCACUACGUCAAUCAGAAACUUCUUCUAGAUGAUCUGAACCAGACGAAAACUUGCAAUCCACUUUUAAUCGCCGAAGCAGACGAGGAUGUCAAAUGGUCGAAGGGUGCAAAAGCGGAAGCUGACAACAGCGUCAACGUCGUCGGUGGUAAUAGUAGUAGCGGUUUUGGCGGCUUGACUCAUACCAAGAAAAAAUCUCCAACUCUCUUCUCUAGACAAGGAGGUUAUCAAAAUAACGAAGACAGCGAAUCAGACGACGACGAUUUCAUGCCAGCCAAUCAAAACAAGAGCUACCUGGCGGCCACGACCCAAUUUAAACCGGGUCACUUCGCCUGCGACCCCGUCUGGACCUUCGUCUUUGACAUCCACCCGAGGUUAAAGAGUACAACGACGGCUAAAUCCGUGCCUGGAGUUGUCGUUGGAGGAGGAGUAACCCGCCUACGUAAUUACUUGACGCCAUUUUCGGUUAAGAAUCGUACAAAUGUGUUCGUACUGACUGAUGGUACAAAUUCUGUAUUCUACGCUAGUUUAACGGAUCAAGAAACCAAACAGCAGCAGUCAAUAGACACUAUGUCGUCGUCUCAAGCCGAUACGUCAGGUGCAACGAAAUGUGCUAAAGAUUGCGAGUCAACUAAGACCCCCACGUCAGGGACAUCCGACUCGGAUUUGACACCUCAUUCCCAGACCACCCAGACGACAGGCUCAACAGUUUCGAACCCACUGCAGCAACCUCCCAGCAGCAUGAAGAGGAACCAGUCAAUACUUAACAAGCCGAAGCAUGAUGAAAAAGUUAUUCUUACGCUCUUUGGCGUCUGUCAACCAGACAACAAGAUAUGUGUGGAUCUGGUGGACUGGAUGCAGAAGAGGUUGGAUGAGGUCGUGCUAGACGCCAUCUACAUGUUCAUCUCUAGGAACUGCAGUGGGAAUCUAACUGCUGAUGAUGUUCAGUUCAUUCAGAAACCCGGUUCAGCCCCAACAACCGUCGUCCAGUUUUUCUUUCCAAACUCGGCACUCCUACAUCAAUACGCCUUCUCCUAUUACUUGCGUCAAAACAUCCAAUCACAGUUCAUCAUUCCAAAGUAUGCUCACCCCAGCGCACCUGAAAAUCUCUUCCAGCCCUAUCAAACUGCUCCGAAAGUUAGCCCGUCAUCCAAUGUUGUGUUUGAUAGUUCUCCUCCCGUUGUCCUACCUCCCCCUCCACCUCCGCCUCCACCACCCCCACCCCUUUUACCACCUUAUCGUCAUCAUCAUCAUUCUACACCGAGUUUCCCACCCACGCAAACGUCAUCUGCUUACGAUUCAAGUUCUUCCUGUCUGCAGCCCCUCAUGCCGACGUCAUCAAGUGUCGUCGCGACACAGCAGCAACCGCAACAACCACAGCAUUCUCAAACGCCUGUCGCUUUGUUUCCGUCUGCCCCGUUGUUCCCCGCCACGACGACAACGACAUCAAUGACGACAACAACAUCGUUGCCAGCGACAACAACAACAGCGUUGCCAACAACAAUCCAGAUGCAACAAGACAAUGACAUAUUUCUGCAUGUUACACCGCAGCAGGCCGGCAGCAAAGGACCGACAAGCCUCAUCCAGUUCGCAAUAUGGGAGUGCGGCCAACUGAACAUGCAGCUGUUGGUGGAGAUGCUGGAGAACUGCAUCAAACACGCUGUACUAGACCUCCUACUCGAGUAUCGUCUUCUCACCUCUCCAAUCUCUCAAAUACCCGCCCACUAUAUCAAGGGCAUCAACUCGCCACUCCAUUCGGCACCCGUGUCGCCCACCUUUUGCGUGCCCACCAGUGACGGGGGUGGUGCCCUCGGGACUGCUUCUGCUGUUGUCGGGAGUUGUGGAGUCGUCUCUGUUACUUGUGCUUCGAGCAGUCAGCAACUACCACAAGAUAGCAGCUCUGGUGGCGGCGGCAACAGCAGCAGCGGUAGCUGCAGCUACUACAAGUCCUGUUAUGAUAGCAGCCGAUCGUCGAUAUUGAAGACACCUAAGGAGACCUCGUCGUCCAUCAGCACCCUCCUUGGGGGCUCCGAAAAACAGGGAUGUGAUGUUAGCAGGGUAUCCGGGCCUGUCACUUUUGACUGUUCCGGACCGUAUAUGGAGAAUCCACUGGAUUACUUCCAGCAACAACAGCAGCGCAACAGCAGCAUACCGACGACGACGUCAUCGUCGACUCUGACAUCGGUUUGCCGAAAUACCGACAACAAACUUACCGACGAUUCCGAUUUCGAUAUCGAGUUACUGAGAAAGAUAAACUCCUAUGAGAGUGGCAGCAAAGGAUUGUUGAACAACAUAUUCGCCACCUCUAUUCCUGAUUGGCUGGAUUUCUGCUCUAAGCACGAAGCACCAUCGGUAAGCAAGCAGCAGUACACGCUGCUAAGCAGUCCAGCUGUCGAAUUGAUACUCGCGGAAAUCCUCAACAUCGUAAAUAACCAGAUUCCAGAAAUAGAUCUUGUCUACUUCAGGGAAAAACCCACGAACGCUCACAAUAGCGAAACUAGUUAUGAGAGUUUCUUGCCUAGGAGGGGUUUGUUAAAGGAACAAGACAGCGUAGACGAGGCAUCGUCAUCUUCCUGCAACAAUUCAAGUCUCGAGACCAACAGCAACCACAACACCAGCAACGUCAUCAACAGCCGCAGCAGUCAUAACUACGUCAUGAUUGGUCGAAACGUUAACCAAUGGCGUAACAGCUUGGAUAUUAAGCACCAUCAAAAGCAGUUACAGCAGAUACAACAGCACCAGAAUGUCAGAAGUGCCUCCAUACAAUCCUCCAAAUCAGUUGCUUUUGCAGGCAAAAAAUAUCCCUAUCAAAAAUUCGUUCCUCUUGAUGACGUAAGCAAAUGUAGGAUGGAUGGUGCAGCUACCACAACAGCUAAUACAACUGCCAACGCAUCAGCUACAGUAGCUGGUUUUCAGCUGUUUAGAGAUUCAGAGAAGCUCUUUGUCCCUAGGCAAUACCUGCUGAUGAUAACUAUUAAGAAUAAAGUGGACACAAGUAACAGCCACAUAACAAACGCCGACGACUUGGAGCAGCUGAUCUGCCACUCGACACGACCACAGUCAAUGAACAUCGCCAAGCAGCGCAAUCGUAGCGGUAGCAACAUCACCUCAAAAUCAGGCGCUCUCUUGACCACAAACUCCAACCAGCUACCUUCAACGCCAUUGGUUGACCUAGUUUUUAAAAAUAACUUUCCGGCAAUUCCGCUGCAUAAGAAGUCUUUCGUGACCUACUUUAAGAAGACUAAGAAUGACGGCCUGUUUAAGCAGGGAAAGCAAGUUCUGGAGAUGAGGAUCGAUGAAAAAUUAGAAAGGGAAAGGCGCGAAAAGUUACUACGUCUGCAUCAAAUUUGUGAGCAAAGACCGCCAUCUGUUUAUUCAUCACACGUUAAUAUCGACCAAUCAGAACUGAUGUACAUAAAGAAAUCGAUGCGGGUGGUCCACCAAGUCAUGUCACCCCUUCUCUUCAGCCCAUCCUGGCAACAGGAAUUCCCACUUUCUACUGACUCCUCCUUCUUCAUUCCUAGCCACUCCAAGACACUCGAGACGGCUGGUGGUGGCAGUGGUAGUGGUGGUAGUACUACUGGUGGUGUUGGAUUUGAUAGGAAUCUGCGAUCCAGGCACAGUUCAGGCUCCAGUGUGAAGAGCAAGAGAUCAGACAGCAUCGACAACCGCAAGAAACUUCAAGGAGCCGUGAUCGGUGGCCAGCAGACCACCACCACCACCAUGACGUCUGGCCAACAAGCCGUCACCACAAACACCACCACCACUACUACUUCUAGUUUCGUCUCGCUGGACACUUUGGCAGCCAAACAGCAGCAACAAGCCCCUGGUUCUCAGCAGCAUCCAACUCCUCUUCCUCCUCAUCAUCAUCAUCGACAUCAUCACGUGACAGAACCUGAAUGGCAGAAAAAGUUAUGCAUGCACAUGUGCCGAGAAUACGUUAAUUACCUGGCGCCAUUUUGUUUCACGCGCCUCAACGUCACCUGCAAAGGUUCAUCUUCAUCGACGUCAUCAUCUUCCGUUUCCGCUUCGUCCACAUCGCUGACGUCAUUGGGUCAUUCGAUUGCUUCAGCUACGAGUGGCGUUGUUGUCGGCGCUGCUAGUAUGGGCAGUGGUAGUUCGGCCGCUGCUGAUAAGAAAGAGGAUCACCAUCAUCACCACGCUUCAUCUUCCUCCUCCUCCUCCUCUUCCUUCUCAUCUCUAAACCACGUGACCUACUUGCAGAAGGCACUUCCGGGCGGAAUGCUAUUGGUCGAGGUUGGUUUCCUGGCUACGCAUUUCUGUGUAACUAUCUACGCCUAUCAGAUGCCGGCAUCCUUGCAAUCGUCGUACAAUUUUUCCUUCAGUCCUCAACACUGCCAGAUCUUCACCGAUGAAUACGACCGCAUCAAAGAAAUGCUCCACUUCAACUCUUUCUGCCACGACUUCCACCUCCGGGUCACCCAAUCCUUUAUUCAGUGCCCCCUUUCUGAUUCCACCCUGCUGCCCCCUCAGUACCCCCUGACGAGGUUCCUCAAGGAAGUUGUGAACUAUUUCCCCUACGAACCUAUGUUCUCUUGGAAUUACGUUCACGAAGAAUCUUUAUGGCUGUCGUGUGGUGCGAACACAGCCCAGCGACUCUUCAGCUACAUGAAUGAGCAUGAAACCUUCAUGAAAUCCAUCCCAAUGAACCUUAACAUUUGUUGCAGUGACGAGACCUCCGUGAAAGAACACGCCCUACUCUGCACCCUCCAACCAACCAAUGAAGAGUGCAAACUGUACAGCGUCAAUGAAGAGCUAUUGAAGGGAUUCGAAAUCGGUCUCCUGUUGGUUCUCGAUUCUUCACUUCCUCCCGUUACUUUUAUUAACCCGUCUAGAUCAGCUGUUUCUGGCAGCCAAUCAUAUUUCAGUUUGAAGUUUUGGAUAGUUUUGACCAACCUGUUUCAAAUUUAUCCGAAGAAUAAUAUGGAUAAAAAGAGGAGGUCCAUGUCUACAACAGCAUCUCCAUCGCCAACUUCGUACACUGCUGUCAAUGUUUCCAAACAGUGUGCCAAUCCUUCUAGAAUAAAUUUCAACCUCUUGGAAAAGUCGCUGGCAGAGAAAUUUCGUUGUGAGCAGAAAGACUACCUCGGUUACUCGAACUGGCAUCAGCUGCCAUUGCACACCAUACUACAGCCUGUUGUCAAUAUAGCCAAAUCCCGCAUAGUUGAGUUAGUGGAGAGUAUGAGGAACUCAUGUCACAGAGAUCAUCUUUGGAUGAGGUUGCUCGUUUCAGAUGAGGAAUCGAAAAGGAGGAGAAAGACUGGAGAAGUGGAAGAAUCAAAAGAUCCGGCGAUGGCGAAAUUAAAAUUCCAAGAAUUCGUCAAUCUCCUUGACCUUGCUAAAAGGGUUGACCUCUACGACAUUGACCCCAGAUUGACCCAAUUCUCUGAAUGCUCAUUGGACACGAUGAAUAAUAUCGUUAAGCAGCUCUAUCAUAAGGAGACAGUUAACUCUAGAUGGUUCCAAAAUGGAAAGAUUACCUAUCUCGUUGUUCUUAAUCCAUUGUAUCUGGACGUCUGUCUCAUGCUCAAAGUGGAUGAAGGGCAGAAAAAUUUGGAGUUCUAUCUGAUCAGUAAAGAAGAGGAACUGGAUUAUGUCAACAAGGGUAUUCCUUCGCCUGUAUUGGAGCACACGGAAAGUUUACUGUCGUCUUGUCUCUACAAUCUCUGGCGCUCUAUGAUACUGUGA